CCUUCCGGCCCUGGCCAGCUACGUGCUUGCACGCACAGACUGCCUUCCUCCCUCCCUUCCUUCCUUCCUGCCAUUGCGCUGCAUUGCGACCCAGGCGGGCUUCUGUUUCCUUCCUUCCUUCCUUCCUCCUUUGCUUCCUCGCUCGCUUCCAGGGGAAGAUGCCGAUGUUCGUGCUGAACACCAACGUGGCGGCGGAAGGCAUCCCGGAGAGCUUGACCGGAGAGAUCACCGAGCAGCUGGCCAAGGCCACCGGGAAGCCCAGCCAGUACAUCGCGGUGCACGUCCUUCCCGGCCAGCGCAUGUCCUUUGGGGGCUCCUCGUCGGAGCCGUGCGCCCUGUGCAGCCUCCACAGCAUCGGCAAGAUCGGGGCCGCCCAGAACAAGGCCUACUCCAAGCUCCUCUGCGCCCUCCUCCAGGACAAGCUACACAUCCCGCCCGACAGGGUCUACAUCAACUACUAUGACAUGAAUGCGGCCAACGUGGGAUGGAACGGAUCCACUUUUGCGUAACCGGGACGGAGGGCCUUCCUCUUCUUCCUCUUCCUCUUCCGGAUCCCGAGUUCGAGUCGUGCACCAAUGAACCCCUUCCUCCUCUUCCUUUCCCAUCACUUCUAGGGAAAUAAAAAGCGUAGAAAGAACCUCAUAAA